AUGGAACGGACGUUUAUUAUGGUCAAACCUGAUGGCGUGCAACGAGGUCUUGUUGGGGAGGUUAUACAACGAUUUGAAAGGCGAGGCUAUAAACUUGUGGCUAUAAAGAUGAUGCAUGCCUCAGAACAGCUGCUUCAAACGCAUUACGAAGCCCUCAAAUCCCUUCCAUUUUUCCCGAAACUAGUUGCAUAUAUGUCAUCUGGACCUGUUGUACCAAUGGUAUUUGAAGGGCGUAAGGUUGUUGAGAACGGACGUACAAUGUUAGGUGCUACUAAACCUGAAGCAAGUUGUCCUGGAUCAAUAAGGGGAGACUACUGCCAAGAUGUAGGGAGAAAUGUUGUCCAUGGAUCCGACUCAACUGAAAGUGCUAACAGGGAAAUCAACUUAUGGUUUUCUCCACAAGAACUAUGUCAAUAUAAACAAGCCGUUGACCCUUGGAUCCAUGAAUAA